AUGUCUUCACAGAAAGCUUCUUUAGACCAUCACAUAACACCACCUUUUCACACUAACCACCAACAACAAAAAAAUACGAAUGGACACCUAAAUUAUUUGAAUAAUGUUGUUAAUAAAAAAAAUUUAGUUAAUGGGUUGAUCAAACAUAUUCCCGCAGAAGUUCUUGAAGACAUUGGGACAAGAGUUGAACCCAAUAAUCCUGAAAUCAAGAAUUUGAUGGUUACAGGUGGAGCAGGCUUCCUAGGUGGCUUUUUAGUCAGAAAACUUGUUGUUCUAUAUCCAGAAUAUAAUAUAGUUGUAGUGGAUAAAUUAGAUUAUUGUGGAAGCUUAAAUAAUUUAAAUGUAAUAAAAAAUCAUCCCAAUUAUACUUUUAUAAAGGGUGACAUAACAUCAUCAGAUCUUAUGUCGUUUAUUAUGCGAGAAAAGAAAAUUGACACAAUUUUUCAUCUUGCUGCGCAAACUAGCGUGGAUAAUUCAUUUGGUAAUUCUUUUGAAUUUACCAAAAAUAAUAUCAUUGGAACUCACGUUCUGUUAGAAGCUGCCAAAGAACAUGGAAUCAAAAGAUUUGUUCAUGUUAGUACUGAUGAAGUUUAUGGUGAAGUUGAAAAAACAAGUCCAGAUUGUCAUGAAGAAUCUAUAUUUGCACCAUCAAAUCCUUAUUCAGCUACAAAAGUUGCAGCGGAAUGUCUUGUAAUGGCAUAUCAUAAAUCAUUUGGUUUACCAGUUAUUAUUACAAGGAGUAACAAUAUUUAUGGUCCUUAUGCAUAUCCCGAGAAAAUAUGUUCGAAAUUUAUUUGUAGCCUAAUUCGAGGGGGAAAAUGUUAUAUUCACGGAGAUGGAUCAAAUUCUCGUAAAUACUUAUACGCCGGAGAUGCGGCAGAUGCAUUAGAUCUAAUUUUAAACUUAGGCCAAAUUGGUGAAAUAUAUAAUAUUGGGUCAAAUUUUGAAAUUUCUAAUCUUGAUUUUGCUAAAGAAUUAAUACGAAAAUUUGGAUAUAAAGAAGAAUCUCAUAUUGAGUUUGUGCAAGAUCGUGCAUUUAAUGAUAGAAGAUACGCGGUAGAUUAUCGUAAAUUAAAAGAAUUAGGAUGGAAACCUCGUAUGAAAUGGGAAGAAGGAUUAAAAAAAACAAUUGCAUGGUAUAAAGAAAAUUGUGAUAUAUGGUGGGGUGAUAUAUCUUGUGCUUUAGUACCGCAUCCAACGAAAGUUUUGCCACCUUCGAAUUUUUCUUUAUAA